AAAAUAUAACCAAAAAAAAAAUAUGGCCUUUGCAUUUAAGUUCAGUUCUCCAUAUUUACUAUCUUCAUCAGCUUUUUUAUGUCUCUUUCUUCUUCUCAUUUAUUUUUCUCCCUUUAAUCAACAAACCCAUUUUACUACUCUUAAUAAUCCUUCUUCUUCUUCUUCUUCUUCUUCAUCUAACUCAGUAGUAUCAGAGAAAAACGACACCGUUUCGGAUGCUCCACCGCCAGUUUUAGGAGAUCUUAACCGCCAAGAAUAUGACGAUCAGUUUCCCAUUUCUCCAGCUUUGGCUCCUGAUCAUAUGGAUACUAAAAAGAGAAGUAGCAGUAACAGUAGUAGUGUAGAUAGAAUUGAAGAUGAGUUGGCCAGAGCAAGAGCCGCUAUACGCAAAGCAAUUCUCACCAAGAAUUGUACAUCUGAUAAGCAUGAGAUUUAUAUCCCCACUGGAGAUAUUUACAGAAAUUCCUAUGCCUUUCAUCAGAGUCACAUAGAGAUGGUGAAGAGAUUCAAGAUAUGGGCCUAUGAGGAAGGAGAUAUACCCUUGUUUCAUAUUGGGCCCAUGGUCAACAUCUACUCGAUUGAGGGCCAAUUCAUGGAUGAGAUGGAUUCUAGUGGGCUCAGCCCAUUCUUGGCCCGUCAUCCUGAUGAGGCCCAUGCAUUUUAUGUACCCAUAAGUGUGAAGAGGAUGGCUGAUUUUCUAUAUGAACGGCCUAGACCUCAUCUCUUCCAUGGUCGAAUGGUCCGAGUUUUCACUGAUUAUAUCAACGUUGUGGCACAAAGAUACCCUUAUUGGAAUCGAAGCCAUGGUGCUGACCAUUUUAUGGUCUCUUGUCAUGAUUGGGCCCCAGAAAUCAUCCGUGACGACCCAAAGUACUUCAACAAUUUUAUGAGAGUUCUAUGUAAUGCUAACGUAUCCGAAGGUUUUCUGCCUAUAAGAGACGUUUCAUUGCCUGAAUACAACUUGCCAAGGAACCACAAGCUUGGACCACCUCCUCUAGGCCAAUCUCCUGAAAACCGCCAAAUCCUCGCCUUCUUCGCCGGCGGUGCCCAUGGAGACAUUAGAAAGUACUUGUUUGAGCAUUGGAAGGAUAAAGAUGAUGAAAUCCAAGUUCAUGAGUACCUUCCCAAGGGACAAAACUAUAAUGAAAUAAUGGGAAGGACAAAGUUCUGCUUGUGCCCAAGUGGGUCUGAAGUGGCUAGUCCUAGAGUUGUGGAGGCCAUGUAUGAAGGGUGUGUUCCUGUUCUCAUGUCUUAUAAUUAUUCAUUGCCAUUUGGUGAGGUUCUUGAUUGGACCAAGUUUUCCAUUCAAAUCUCACCCAAGAGAAUACCUGAGCUUAAGAAGAUCUUAAAAGCUAUUCCUCAUUCCAAGUUCUUGAAGUUACAAAAGAAGGUGUUGCAAGUGAAGAGGCACUUCGAGCUCAACAGACCAGCUAAGCCGUAUGAUGCAUUUCACAUGGUGCUUCACUCGCUCUGGCUAAGGAGACUUAACAUUAGGCUACCACAUUGAUUUACUAGGCUUUUUACACAUUGAUUAACUUUGACCCCAAUAGAGCAUCUGUUUGUAUUCUAUAAAUAAUAGAGAUCACUUCAGAUUCAAUAAAUCAGAACAGCCGAAUAAUGCAAAUUUUUGCAAAUGGUCUUCAAAGCAGAA